GCCGCGCCCGGCCGCAGGCGCCACCAGUCCGUCGGCGCCAUCGUGCAGGCCAUCGAGAACGGCGAUCGUCGCGAGCCGCCCCGGCAACCAGAUGACGUCAUCAAGCCCACGGAGGAGAUGGGCCCGCUUUACGCUCUGCUUUCAAAGGACAGGUCAUCACUGGAGGUUAGGACUGUCCGAACCGUUAAAAGAGAAUCACAACAGCGCCAAAAGGAUAGAACACCACGCUCUGCCGAUAAUGAGGGGCCGAUUUCUCCUGAGAACAACACAGCAUAUGAUGAGCGGCCGCAGGACGUCUCCAAGGAAAUCGAGGCAAGGGAUCCACAUCUGUAUCGCGCAACGUCUCUCCCGAGGGGCUACUGUAGAAGAUCGGGCAGUGAGCUGGACUUCCUGACUGAAACCUCUCCCCAGCAACGGCACCAACUGCUGAAGCGGCUCGUCGACAAGCACGGCUCGUCGCUGGAGGAGCCCCGCGUGGAGCGGACCAAUCUGAGAUCCGCCUCUAGCACGUCCGACAUAGUGCGGGCGACUCGGCCCGGGCCGGGUCUCAGCUACGACGGCGACACCAUAGACCGGCUGCUGGCGCGGCCGCAGAAGAUACACAUCCCCGAGCGCUACGUCCCGGAGCUGGAGCUGGAGCCGAUGACGGCCGAAGAACGGCUUCAGAGAAGCCGGAAAGCGGCGUCCAUCAGGAAAAUGCUGACUCAAAGUACCGGGUUUUUGGAUAGCAUUUGCUCGGCUGAACCUCGUUCCAGACGUGUAAGCGCGGCCACCGAUAAACUGCAGAGGGCUCACAUCCUGCAGCUGAAUGAAGUCCUGGCUCGCCAGGUCACAGAACAAAGCAAACGCGUGGCAGCUGGCGCCCCGCCUGGCUGAAUACCUGUCGAGGCCUCGAACGCUGCCUGGUCAGGUACAUACAGCCGGCGUCUCCCUGACAGAUGGGCAUACCUGUUUCCGCCCUCCCUGGACUCGAUGCAGCGAGCCCAGAAAGCUGCGCCGCAUGGUCGAUCGGCGUCGACUAUGAGGCGCCAACCGUUGCGUUCAUGCCGUGGCUCAUCUCGAAGAAUCGGUGGUUAGGGAUCUCGGCAAGCCUUAGGGCCAAAUCAAG